UUAAAAAUCUGCAAUCUGUGGUUCAGUAGAGACCACACUGGCGCCCUAAGAACAGUGUGGGAAAUAUUGUAUAUUUCGCCUGAGAUACUUUGUAUUUCAGAACAGUUUACAGCCGGUUACUUGUACUUCUUUAUUACAUUUAAUUCUGUCUGCAUAGAUAGGUACCUCAAAAGCACUUAAUAUUGUUUACCAAAGAAAUGGUGAUGGAGAAGCCAAGUCCCCUGCUUGUAGGGCGGGAGUUUGUGAGGCAGUAUUACACACUCUUGAACAAGGCACCUGAUUUUCUGCACAGGUUUUAUGGGAGGAACUCUUCAUAUGUUCAUGGAGGAAUAGACCCAAGUGGGAAGUUGGCAGAAGCUGUGUAUGGGCAAGCGGAAAUCCACAAGAAGGUCAUGUCAUUGCAGUUCAGUGAAUGCCACACAAAGAUCAGGCACGUCGACGCUCAUGCCACACUGAGUGAUGGAGUUGUGGUGCAGGUCCUUGGAGAACUGUCUAACAAUGGCCAGCCAAUGAGGAAAUUUAUGCAAACAUUCGUGCUUGCUCCAGAGGGUUCAGUGGCAAACAAGUUCUACGUCCACAACGACAUCUUCUGUUAUGAGGACGAAGUCUUUGGAGACUCUGAGGCGGAGCUGGAUGAAGAAUCAGAGGAGGAAGUUGAGGAGGAGCAGGAGGAGAGGCAGCCGUCCCCCGAGCCUCUUCAGGAAAGUCCCAACAGCACCACCUACUAUGAAACUCACCCUGUUGCUAAUGGUGUAGAGGAGCCCAUGGAGGAGCCAGCCCCAGAACCGGAACCGGAACCUGAGCAGGAGCCAAAAGUUGAGGAGGGUAAACCUGAGGUAGAAGAAAAAGUUACGGAAGAAAUGGAGGAGAAGGCACCUUCACCUGCGCCUGUAGAGUCUCCACCAAACACCCAGGAGCCUGCCAAGCCUUUCUCCUGGGCUUUGGUGACCAGUAAAAACCUGCCUCCUUCUGGCACAGUCACCUCCUCUGGAAUCUCUCCACAUGUUGUUAAAGCUACAAGCUCACAGCAACGGGUUGAGGCCAAGCAGGAGACCCAAGCAGCACCUCCCCGCUCCAGAGAUCAGCGGACCCGUGAUAGACCGACCUUUAUGCAGCGAGGUCCCAGACCUGACGGGGUUCCAUCUGCAGAGUCACAAACGGGGAAACCACACUUAAAUUUUGUCAACAAAGGUGGAAGAGAUGUUGAAUCUGGUGACAUGGAUGGCAGACGGAUUGUUCGGUACCCUGACAGCCACCAGCUUUUUGUUGGCAACCUACCACAUGACAUCGACGAGGCUGAGCUCAAAGAGUUCUUCAUGACGUACGGCAAUGUUGUGGAGCUGCGAAUUAACACCAAGGGGGUCGGUGGAAAGUUGCCCAAUUUUGGAUUUGUGGUCUUCGAUGACUCUGAUCCUGUGCAGAGAAUCCUGGGGGCCAAGGUAGAAGGGCCCAUCAUGUUCCGAGGCGAAGUGCGUCUGAAUGUAGAGGAGAAGAAGACGAGAGCGGUGCGUGAACGAGAGACCCGAGGCGGAGAUGACCGUCGGGACAUGAGACGCAGCGAUCGGGGCCCCGGAGGUUCAAGAGGCAUCAUCGGACCAGGAAUGAUGCGUGAACGCGAUGGGAGGGGACCGCCACCUCGAGGUGGCAUGGCUCCCAAACCUGGCAUGGGUCCCGGAAGAGGUUCUGGUGGGCAAGGAGAGAGCCGCUUUACAGCUCAGCGUCGCUGAAAAGAGCACCACCUGUAGUGUGGAAGUAGUAUCGUGUUCUUCAUCUUCAGCCGUUCUCAUUAAUGAAAAGAAAUCGUCAUGUAUAAAGUAUAUAUUUGGUGGUGUAUUUUUUUUUUUUUUGGCUUUUUUUUCCCUUCUUACUUUGGAAUGUGACACAGCCUGUCAACCAUUUGUUUGUGAAAUAGACAAAACAGGCAAACAGAAAAAUGUUCGCUUAUUAGUUGUGAGCUGAGCAUCCUUUCGGGUGUCUCAGGAGUUCAAACUUAAAUUUGUCAAUUUGUGAAUAAAGGCAACUCAAGCAGGACUAAUCUGCCACGUUUAGGAGGGACUGAUAAGACUUUAAUCUACAGCAGUACAGCCCAUCAGUUUCAGAGAGAUUAUAAACCUUGACUUAACUGAGGUGUUGAUUCAUAAAAUUCCUCAAUUGCACAUUUUAUAUCGUAGUUUUCUGCCCAUUAUUGUCAAGGAAGAGGGAGAUGCAGAAUUGGUUGCAGUUCCAGAAGAAAAGCUUGCCUUUCACCAUUUCCGGUUUGAGAAAGAGACCAAUGCUACAAAAUUGCAUAAUGCACUCAAUAUGCACUAAUGGGUACUUUCGUCUCAUUACGUUGGCGUCCUGCCUGGACCACAGCUGGAGAGGCUUGUGUUAAAGUGAUACAACAGGUCCGUUUCACAGCCUGGCUCCUGUGACCAAGGUACUUCUCACAUGUUUGACCCAAAACUACUCUGCAGUCACUGUUGGAUGGACAAGCUGACAAGCAAAUCUACAUAUUUUUUUUUGUCAUUUGUAAAUUAAAAGUUUGGCUCCUGGACUUGACCUUUUACCAAAUGAGUGGGAGACAAAAGGAUCAACAGAUCGAUGAUGGUGGUUCGCUGUUUAUAUUUUGAUUCCAGCUUUCUGUUUAUUUUUAAAAAAUGUUUCCUGACUGCGAAACUGGGAUGAGCGAAACCAUUCCUCCCUCUUCCCUCCCUUCCUCUCAUGAGUGCAGAGUAUCUGAAUAAAUGUACAGCAAAAAUCAGUUUACUGUAUGUUAUGCUUUUCUGUGUAUGUUUUAUUUUUUUCUCCACUCGAUAUAAAGAAAAAAAGCAUGAUGGUGCCUUCUAGUUCACCUCUUCAAGUCUUACUGAAAAGCGGUUCGGGGCUUACAGAGCUGCCUCUCUUUGAACUAUAUUCUGCUGGGAGCAGAUGGAAAUACAGUAUUCAUAAGAUUUAUGUUUUUCAGGUGCAGAUUUCACUCUUUCUGUACUGUUUGACUAUCUAAGCUGAUCUGCUGUGAGCUUUGUACAUGUUUAUUUGCUGUAAUUGUCUUCUCUGGGGUUUUGUAGAGACAACAGGUGCCUGCAGUUGGUUAAAUGGCUAAUAAAUGCAUCUAAGGAACUUUCACAAUGAAACAAAAGGUACAUUAAUGAUGGUGACGAUGAAAUGUUUAAUCCCUGGUUUAACAGAUCGUGGCUCUACAUGGGCAUGAUGUACUGUUCAACCUUUUUGUUUUUGCACCUCAUGGCAGCACUUUGGAUAAACCUUGGACUCACACGUUUGUUUCCCAACAACAGUUUUGUACCUGCAGCCUUCAGUCAAGUAAAUAAUUGUGAACAUUUUUCUAUUGUCAAUGCAUUUGUAUUUUCAUAUGCUGAUCAUUCACUGUGCUCAUUUUAUUCAGUGUUUUGUUUUUUUCCUGCUUAAGGCCAAAUUGGUUGGCGCUGUGCUCGUUUGAACCCUUUUUUUUUUUUUUUUAAUCAUUCGGUAAGGAGGGAAGACUUUGGUUUCAGUCAGAAAGGACGACAUGAGCGUUUAAUUUGUCUUUGUGAUUAUUUUGUCUUGCACUGAAAUGGAAAGUUAAAUGAUGUAGCAUUUUUUUUUUCUUGACAAAAAUACUUUGGUCUUCCUGGUCUGGUGGUGUUGCACUAACUCCAAGGUUCCUGGGACAAUCUGUCGUUCUGAACAAAGGACUUUCACAAGAAUUUACCCAACUUUGAAAAAUGUGGAAAUCCAAAAUGUUUGCUCUCUUUGUUUUGAGGUGGACUGCUUGGUUCUCUCCUGUAGGCGACUCCAUUAUUUGUCUACUAAUUGCGAACCGUGGACCUUUUACAGCUGUCAUUAUUACAGCAUCGGUCCAUGAGGGGAGAGGGGGAAGAAGAGCCAUCAUGCUUUCAGAACAGUACAUCUUAGUAAAGGAAAUGUUGUCAAAGUGUAGAAAUGAACGGUCUGAUUGGUUUUGAAGACCACUCCGCGUUCUGAUACUGUUCAGGAUCCUCAGAAAGAAGGAAUCUAAAUGAAUUUCCCCCCUGAUCAAUAUAAACCGUUCCAGUCUUUUCUGAGUGAAAAUAGAAAUCCCUGGCUGGUUUUAGCAGGUGUGGUGAACAGCUGGCUGCCAUCAUAGUUUCGCUGUGUUUACCCUUUAACUUUAUUCUAGUGCGAAAUCUUGCAGGUGGAGAAUUCUUUCAUUUUUAGAUUUUAGUUUAGGUUUCUUUUCCCGCUUUUGCAAUCCUGAAUGUGUUGGAUUUAAAUACAAUAAACUACUGAUAACA